GAGACAGAGGAGCUGGAGGAGGAGAAGUCAGGCCUGCAGAAGGAGAUCGCUGAGCUGCAGAAGGAGAAGGAGAAGCUGGAAUUCAUGUUGGUGGCCCAUGGUCCAGUGUGCAAGAUCAGCCCUGAGGAGCGCCGAUCGCCCUCGGCCUCUGGGCUGCAGCCCAUGCGCAGUGGGAGCAGUGCAAUUGGUGCUGUGGUGGUGAAACAGGAGCCCCUGGAAGAGGACAGCCCCUCAUCCUCAGUGGUGGGGCUGGAGAAGGCCCAGCGCUCCGUCAUCAAGCCCAUCAGCAUUGCUGGGGGCUUCUACGGGGAGGAACCCCUGCACACUCCCAUCGUGGUGACCUCCACACCUGCCAUCACCCCAGGCUCCUCAAACCUUGUCUUCACCUACCCCAGUGUCCUGGAGCAGGAGUCACCUGCAUCACCCUCUGAGUCCUGCUCCAAGGCCCACCGCAGAAGCAGUAGCAGUGGGGACCAGUCAUCAGACUCCUUGAACUCCCCCACGCUGCUGGCCCUGUAACCCUGUGCUUUCCUCCCCAGCUCUGGAGGGGUCCUCGUCACUGCCUCCUUCCCAGGGACCAGCAUCUUCAAGGGCAAGAGAGAGGCCCUGCCAGAAAGCUUCCCAGUUCUGAAAGACCCAGGUGGGACUUGACAGUGAGUGAGGCGUUGGACUUAGGUUGAUCUCUUGAAAGCCACAGGACCUCCUUCCUCCUUCCUCAUUCAUCUUGUGAGCAAAUCCUGUUUCUUGAAAAGCCAUGGAGGACUUGAAAUGGUGGACUCAAGACAUCUCUGGCAUCGGAAGAGCCUGGAGCUGGCCCAGACGGUUCCUGUCCCUUUGUUACGCUGUUGUCUCUGGAAGUGACGGUGUCCUUCCCUGCUCUCCCCAAGCAUGCUCCGUGCUUUUUGGAUUCAUCUUCCCUCAACUUGCCCCUUCCCUCCCCCAAUGUCAGUUUCAGUCCUUCUUGGUUUUUAUCAAAUUUGCCAUGACAUUUCAUCUGGGUGGUCUGGAUGUGAAAGCUCUUCAUUUCUGGAGAUGGGGCAGGAUAUGGCUCUUCCACUGGGGCCGACUUGUCCAGAGGGGGCAGUCAAAGUGCAAUACAGAACCUUCCCUUCCCAACACUCCCCAGUGCACCACUGUCUCCAGACCACCAGCAGGGCUCCCCAUGCCCUCCAGGGGAUGCUGCCAUCAUUGGGAGGCAUCAAGAACCCUUUUUCCCCACCUUGGAGAUUCUGAGCUCUUGGAGGAUUGGCUUGGCCAGAAGACAGGGUGCAACAGCCAGUGCACAGGUUGGGUUUGCCAAAUACCUAAUUACCAGGCCAGGAUUAGUGCCAACAAAUCCACACAGCUUCCCUUCAUCUGGUGUCUUGAGCAGGGCAUCUCUUGCAAUUACUGCCUCACCAUUCUGCCCCUGGACCCUCCUUUCCAGACCAGGGAGGCAUCCCUCCCGAGGAACCACACAUCACUCCAAGGUCCUGCCAGGCUCUGCCCUUCCCUGGCUCUCAGGACGACAACACCCACGGAGAUUUAAUGAGCGUGGACCCUCCCCAGAUUUUGGCCAAGUGGCUCCUCCCAAGCCUCAGUGGAUGGAAGGACUGGGGAGGGGGGAGGCAGUGAGGGUGGGAAUGUCUGCCAUAGCAGCAACCCUGGCACCCAGCCUGCCCUGGCCACUUACUUCUUAGUGAGGUGCAGGUCCCUUCCUGACCUCUGUGGUCUCUGCCACCCAAUGGAUCAAGUGCUUUAUUUUCCAUACUCCCCCUGUACCACCCCCGAGUGCUCUUCUGGUCCACUCAGCCAGCUGUGAGUAGCUGGCCUCAGUGAGCUCUUGCUGGAGCUUGGGGCUUAUGCACCAUUCCUGGUUGUCUGUUGAAUCCUUCCAGCUGCUGAAAUUGGAGAUAGGAUGGGUUGCUUCCUAUGGGUUCCCUGACCUCCAGCAAGAGCAUAGCUCCGCGGCACCCUGCUUCCCACCCCUCUGAACCCUUUCUCCACAGAGCAUGUUGACAUGUGUCUUGAGAAGUGGCUUCUGGUCAGAACUGGCUGCUGCAGGGCUAGUGCUCUGAGGGAGACUAGCUGUUGGCAAUUCAUCCCUAGAACCGUUGUUUGCCUGUAUAAAGUGAUAUUGAUGUUACUUAAACCCAGUGAUGGUUAAGUGUCCCAGUCUGACUGGAGAGAGAAGGGACAGCUUUGCAUACUUGUUUCUUUCCCACGUGCUGGUUGUUAUUUAAUUCCAUUGCUCACUUACGUGCACUAGACAUGCAGUAUGGAAGAGCUACAUGCUUAAAACACACAGCCCAGUAGGACUGGAAGUGACGUGUGCAGAGGCCUGCCGAGUAGAGGGGAUUAAAAGCAGAGAAUUUUGUUCCUAGUACUUUCCCCUGGCUGUGAUGCUGCCAUCCAGGUUUCCCAGGACCUCUGGGAGGGGAAGACUAGGCAAUUGAGCUUCAGUCCUUUAAGUAAGCAAAGAAGCAGAAGGAAGCCAGGAGUUGCAGGAGGUGGGCCAAGAAGCCUGGUGUUCUCAGCUUGGAAAGGGUUAAUCAUCUCAAGCGGUGUUUGUAGUCAAGUGAAGCUAUUUGCUUCAUUGUGCAUAUAGAUAUGUCUUCAGUAGCUGUUUUCUGGUCUUUUAUUUCUAAAAGCCCAUUUCUGCCCCACUCUGUGCAGCCUGGAUCCCAAUGCGGGUCAUGGCCUGUGACUGGGGGACACUCCUACAACAGUCUGGCUUCUGCUCAGAUUUCAAGCUAUGUUGGCAUUGGCACCAGGACAAGGCACAACCAGCCAACCCCUGGGGACCUCAGAAGUGCUUUUUCUUCAUUACUACCUUGCUUUGUCCUAGGAGGUUGUUUGGCUUCCCCAAAGCCAGAGAUUAUUUGGGAAAGGCUGAAUAUUCACACCCACCCCAGUCACAAGUGUAUUUAUCUUCCUUCUGGCUUGCUCUCCAAGUUCACUCAUACAUGUC